GGGGGUGGGGCGGGGAAACGACUUCCGGUACCAAUAAAAAAUAACGCAGAUUACAAAAAAAAGCUGCAGGGAAGCCGAUGCUGCAGUUCAGCAACUGAGAAAGGAUUAUUCUCCUGCGGUCAUCCAAAUUCGUAUCCCUACACAUGUCAGUAUCGAAACGGUGGCAGAAGAAGAAAACACUGAUUGAGAUGGGCUUUUGGGAGCCACCCGGGCUGAUCUGGAAGGCGGCUUUGCGGGUGCUGGUGCUGCAGGCGGCCUGGGCGCUGGGCGGCGGCCAGGUGCGCUACUCGGUGCCGGAGGAAGCCAAGGCCGGCACGGUGGUGGGUCGUCUGGCGCAGGACCUGGGGCUGGAGGCGGGCGAGCUGGAGGCGCGUCGGCUGCGGCUGGUGGCGAAGGGCCGGCGGGCGAGCGUGGAGGUGAGCGGGGCGAGCGGGGCGCUGGUGCUGAGCUCGCGGCUCGACCGCGAGGAGCUGUGCGGCAAGAGCGCGCCGUGCGCCCUGCGCCUGGAGGUGCUGGUGGACCGGCCGCUGCGCGUCUUUCACGUGGAGCUGGAGGUCACCGACAUCAACGACAAUGCCCCGCUCUUCCCCGCCGCCCGCAAGAACCUCACUGUCGCCGAGUCCUUAACGCUGCCGGGCUCGCGCUUCCCGCUGGAGGGCGCGUCGGACGCAGACAUCGGAGCCAACGCGCAGCUCUCCUACAAACUCAGCCCGAGCGAGCAUUUCACUCUGGAGUUGCAGCGGAGCGAAGACUAUCGCGAGUCGUUGUUUUUGAUUCUGUCGAAGGCGCUGGACCGGGAGGCGAUGGCGGUGCACCGGUUGGUGCUGACGGCGAGUGACGGCGGCAGACCGUCGCUGUCGGGCACGAUGGAGCUGGUGAUCUCGGUGCUGGAUGUGAACGACAACGCGCCCGAGUUCAACCAGUCGGUCUAUAAAGUGCAGCUGGCGGAGAGCGCUGCAGAGGGGACGCUGGUGGUGCGCGUGAGCGCCACGGAUCCGGACGAGGGAAUGAACAGGGAAGUUGUGUUCACUGCGAGCAGCUUGUUUCCUGCCAGUGGAAGAGACCAGUUCGUGCUAGAUUCAAGCACAGGGGAGCUGAAGCUCUCGGGUCCCCUGGAUUUUGAGGACGUUCGUCUAUACGAGAUACAAGUGGAAGCGAAAGACAGGGGUACGCCUCCGUUAUCGGGGCACUGCAAAGUGGUAGUGGAGGUGCUGGACGUGAACGACAACGCGCCGGAGGUGUGGGUGACGUCGCUGUCGGUGCCGGUGCCGGAGGACGCGGCGGUGGGGACGGUGGUGGCGCUGCUGAGCGUGUCGGACCGGGACUCGGGGGCGAACGGCCGGGUGCGGUGCGCGGUGUGGCCGGCGGCGCCGUUCGGGCUGGUGGCGACGUUCGAGGGCUCGUACUCGCUGGUGCUGCGGGAGGCGCUGGACCGGGAGCGGGUGGCGGAGUACGAGGUGGAGGUGCGGGCGGAGGACGGCGGGGCGCCGCCGCUGCGCGCCAGCCGCGGGCUGCGGGUGCCGGUGUCGGACGUGAACGACAACGCGCCGGCGUUCGCGCAGGCCGUGUACACGGUGCUGGCGCGGGAGAACAACGCGGCGGGCGCGGAGCUGGCGCGGCUGUGGGCGCGGGACCCCGACGAGGCGGGCAACGGGCGCGUGAGCUACUCGGUGGCGGAGGGCGGCGCGGGCGCGGGGGCGCGGUCGGCGUCGAGCUACGUGUCGGUGGACGCGGAGAGCGGUCGGCUGUGGGCGCUGCAGCCCUUCGACUACGAGGAGCUGCAGGUGCUGCAGUUCGAGGUGCGCGCGGUGGACGCGGGGCAGCCGGCGCUGUGCGGCAACGCCACGGUGCAGCUCUUCGUCGUGGACGAGAACGACAACGCGCCGGCGCUGCUGCCGCCCGCGGGCGGCGGCGCGGGGCCCUGGGCUGGCGGCGCGUCGUCGUCGUCGUCGUCGUCGGGGCCGUCGUCGUCGGGGUCGUCGCUGUGGGCGUGGGCGGCGUGGGGGUCGCCGGCGGGGCAGGUGGUGGCGAAGAUCCGCGCGGUGGACGCGGACUCGGGCUACAACGCGUGGCUGCGCUACGAGCUGCGGGAGCCGCGGGGCAAGGGCGCGUUCCGCGUGGGGCUGUACAGCGGCGAGGUGAGCACGGCGCGGGCGCUGGAGGAGGCGGACGGCCCGCGGCAGACGCUGGUCAUCGUGGUGCGGGACCACGGCGAGCCGGCGCGCUCGGCCACGGCCACGCUGAGCGUGUCGCUGGGCGAGGGCGCCGAGGCGGCGCUGGCGGCGGCGGCGGCGGGCGCGGGCUCGUCGCUGUCGGGGCUGCGGCCGGCGGCGGGCGCCGAGGGCGGCGCGGCGGCGGCGGCGGCGGCGGCGGCGGCGGCGACGACGAACGUGUGGCUGGUGGUGGCCAUCUGCGCGGUGUCGAGCCUGUUCCUGCUGGCGGUGGUGCUGUACGGGGCGUCGCGGUGGGCGCCGCGGGCGGCCGUGCUGUCGGGGCCCGGGCCGGCGACGCUGGUGUGCGCCAGCGAAGUGGGCAGCUGGUCGUACUCGCAGCGCCAGAGCCGGAGCCUGUGCGUGGCGGACGGCGCGGGCAAGAGCGACCUCAUGGUUUUCAGCCCCAACUUCCCGCCGCCCGCCGGCGCCGCGGCGAAGGAGACGCCGCAGGAUCCGCCCGCCCUCCUGGACACGGUCAGUGGCACUUUCUUUUCCCCCUCUUCUCACCUGCGGGUCUCCCGGAAACACUUUCACGGUUCUCGCCUGAGCCCUUUGGAAUCGCCUCUUGGCGCCUGCGGGGGGCCGGUGCUUGUCAGGUCCUUGAUCUCUGGCUGUUGGCCGCGAGGUCCCGUGUGUUUCCCUGCGCUUGCAAUAGCUCUCAGAGCUGAAGUGAGCUUUGAGAAAGAGUCUACCUUCUGGAGCCUGGGGUUUGCUAGGAUCUCUCCUGUAAACAUUUUCCAUAGUGUUACGCUGCGAAGUAUUCCGCAUGAGCGGUUCCCUUUCUAUUUCUGGCUGAGGUGUUACGGGAGAGCAGGCUCCUGCUCCCUGUAGGAUCCGCUACCUUUUUUUGUUGUCGAGGACCUAGAAGUGAACAGAGAGAUCCAGAGCAUGAUUUGGGAUGGAAGGAACGUGUGGAAGUCUGCAGUGCUGUCCCCGUGCUUAAAGCAGGUCUAACUUCGAAGUUGGAGGAGGUUGCUGAGGAUGUUGUGCCUUCGAGAGCUGCAUAUGGUUGCUCGCUGUCAUUCUCCAUCUACCCCUGCUUGUGAAGACCUCUGCCGUGUGUCCCUUUCAGUCAUUUCUCUUUGAACAUGGGGAAUCGUUCCUCAAAGAGAAGUUCCUCCAGAGUUUUGGUCAGCUUGAUGGUGGUCUCUGAAACUCUCACUGUUCUCUCUUCUCUUUAUCGCAUUCGGGAGGUGAUGAACUGCACGCAGAAUUCAGACUUUCGUUGAACCUGCAGUUUGCAUAACGUGGAAUGAAAUCCGUUGUUUUCUUCUCUGUCCCCAGAAGUCUUAACCUUAGUGCCUCUUUUAGCCUCCUUUCAUGUUGUAUGGCGUGCCCUCAUUCAUAUACAUUUUGCUGUCUUGCAUGUAGGCCAAUUCGAACGAAGAUUUUAUUUCUGGCUGCUGAUGCUCACACAGGAUGCUGCUCUGCAGUCUUCUCUCUUACGGAGAACGCUGUCCUCCUCCUCCUCCUCCUCUUUGAGUCUCUCUUUCAUUCAUGCAAGGUGACCUCUGUUGGUACUUCAUGGUUUUCUGCCCCCCUGCCUUGUAUGGCAUCUAUUUGUUCGUGAAGUACUACACAAUUAGUUUGUAGCUGGGACAGAUAAUGGGACGGUUUCGUAUUUCCAAGUAUGUAGUUCAUGCACUUUGUGAUACAGAGUGGUUCUGGCAGAAGAGCGCCAACCAAGAGAGAUGUAAGAGACGUGUAGCUCUAUUGCCACAUGAAGCAAGAUGUAUUGCUGGAGGACUUGUUCUUGGUGAAGGAAGGCCUUUAUAGAGGCACCUCACUCAUGUUUCCUGACUGUAGCCUUGCCAUGUAACCUGCUACGGUAGGCAUUGUAUUUUGUCUUUCUGACAGUUAUUUUUAAAAAUAAACUGGCAUUAUUCUUUUAAUCUGUGCCUUAUGUUGACAACUUGGAGAACCCUUGAAACUCCCCAUUCCCCUCUAAGGAGCAUGACUUAGCUUUCCUUUCCCAGGAGAUACGUCAGUAAUUGU